AUGGGCCUUUUGUGUCACAUGUUGGUUUUAUUUCUGCUUUUAACGUAUGUACUUUUGUGUGUGUGUGUGUGUUCAAUUGAGGAAGAAAUAAUGGAUUUGAUUUUUGCUGAGGGAACACGGACGCCUUCUGCAAAGCCCUUUGCGAUUCCUUCCGAAGUGAAAUCCCGUCUACGUGCGAGAAAUCCGGCAGAACGAGAACAUGUAGGAGGAACAGAAGAAGCGGGGAAAAGAAAAGAGGAUGAAUUUAGUGGGGCAGUGGCGGCACGAGGCCUGCCAGGAUCCCUAGUGAAGUACAUUCAACGAUGCAUCGAGUACGGUCAGAACUCUACACACCUGGAGGAGGAGUUACAGGCAGCAAACGGAUUGACAGAUUCUACGCGACGGUUGGCUGCGUUGCAAUCGGCUCUUUCUAUUCUAUGUCACAUAGCCGCCAUGGACAAGUCCUAUUGUUUUAUUUCCAGUCGUUCAACAGCGCCCCGGAAACAACCACUCGCCAGAACAAGCAGGAACCGAAGCCAAACCACGAAGCUCAUUUCAGAUCCAUUUUUCUCACUCUCAGAUAUUUACACGACCGUCCGAAGUCUAAAGUUGGAGUAUGAGGAUGUACUGAAACAACAAAAGAGUGGGAUUGGUAAGCAGGAACAUAUGAGUGUAAAUUCGGUAGCAGCCUCUGUUUCCACUAUCGAGGCACGAGUGGAUGCCUCACUGGCUUUAUUGGAGUUUACCGUAUUGCAGAUGCUUCUCAACUUUGAUCGAGCACGUGAUAUUUCGGUUGGGUACGUUGCUGACAUGCUGCGAACGAUGCCGCAGAUUUUUGCCACGGAGAAAAGGCCUCUCACAGUUCUGCAGGGUGACGAUGGUAAAAAUAGAGAAAGAAAGCGUUUUCGCGAUGGUGGAAAUGUCGUUGACGAUGUGGCUAAUGCGGCAAAUUCAAUUGUUUUGAAAGCACUUCAAGCGCUGAAAAGUAAAGAUUGCUUUCGCACCUUGAGCCGGGCAAACAGCGGUAAUACUGUUCGAGCAUCGGAUGGUUCGCUGCCGGUGUCAUUUGAUGGGAUGAUGACCAACGCACUGGAUGGCACAUACAGAGGGCGUGGUAUUUACGGUGCAUUGCAUGACGUGAAGAUGCUUCUGUAUGGAUUAUAUGCCACCGCUCCCUCUGAACAGGAGGAGCAUAUCACAUUAGCGCGUCUUCAGUUUGAGCAUUCAUUAAGAGAGGAAUAUGACCUUUUUUUGCGCAAGACAGGGCUCCGUGGAGAGGUGGAAGAUCCGCUAUUGCCAGAGAGAACCAUGUUUGACGUGAAUCCACUUUUUGCAGACGCCGACUCCACAUCCUGCACUGAUACACAGUUAAAAUCUUUGAAGCUGUUAGAUUUGAUUCGUGAGGUGGAUAACGAGAAUUGGUUUGAGUACCCCGUGUUCGACAUGGCCAAUAUAGAGCUAAGUAGCAUCGAGAAAUGGGUACGUGGCUCGAUAUUUGGUAUGAAGACAAACCGUGAAGCCUUUUUGGCUCUCCGAAACGUUUUGGAGCAGAUGGUGGAUAACUGUGUGUUGAGCUAUGGGCCAACCAGCCCAUUUUCUCAAGUCAUCACAUUGAUGCGGCAGCGUUUGGUUGAUGCUGCCCGCGAGGUGGGCCUGUUGUGA